GCUGCCGCAACCGCCGGGGGAGCGAUUGGCGGCCCUGCUCCGCCUGGCCGCCCACCCGCUGCUGCUCCCCUCCAGCAGCGCCGCUGCCCGCCUGCACGCCCGCUGGCCCGCCACCGCCUGCGCCCUGCUGCUGGCGCCCGCCCUGCCGCUAACCGCCAACGACCAACCGCUGUACACCUCGCAGCCGUACGAAUGCACGUUCCGGGACUACACGCCUAGCAUCGGGUUGCUGUACGGCGGCGGUUUUGGGGGUUCGGCUUUGUCUUCAGCGCUAAGGACGCCGGCGUUCCUAACGACCCAGGAUAUGUACGGCAGCAGAUCCCCUCGGAGGCGUCUGCCGCCUGGCAUGAUGCGAGCUACUGCCACCCACCACUUCGUGCCUACGUUGUCCCUAUCCGCUGCUGGAGAUGUGUUUGCGGCUGGUAGUAGCUCUUCCUGGCCGUACGGCAUGGCGAGUAAUUCGCUGGACCUGGCAGCGAGAAGCCGAGAAAGCUCAAUUCGCUACGUUCGUAAUGUCGCCAUUCGCGGCAUGCAGCAGCGACAACUUCUGCAGAUGGCAAUGAGGCGUCACGGACGCGCAGCACGGUUAAGGUUGUUUCGGAGCUAUCGUUCAGGCGAGCUGCCGGACACAUUGUCCGUACGAGUGUCGUCCUUCCUGCGACCGCUGGCGGGGGUGGUG